UGAGAAAAUAACAGUAAUUCAAGCUUGGCUCCUUCAGUCACUUCUGCUAGCAGCUUCGUGUUCUCAGGACCCAUAUUUGUCGUUUUGAUGGUGAUGAUGGUGACUUUGGUUGUUGUGAUAGUUUUGGGCAACGCGCUGGUCAUUUUGGCCUUUAAAGUGGACAAGAGUUUGAGAAGACAAUGCAAUUACUACUUCCUGAAUUUGGCAAUAUCAGAUUUUCUUGUAGGGGCGUUCUGCAUCCCAGUCUACAUCCCCUACAUCCUCACGGGCAGGUGGACACUGGGCCGAGGACUGUGCAAGCUGUGGCUGGUCAUGGACUACCUGCUUUGCUCCGCGUCCGUCUUCAACAUUGUCCUCAUCAGCUAUGACCGCUUCCUGUCAGUCACCAGAGCAGUAAGUUACCGUGCCAGACAGAGCAUGACUCAUCAAGCCAUAAUCAAGAUGAUUGCUGUCUGGGUGCUAGCCUUUGUCCUGUACGGCCCAGCUAUCAUAUUCUGGGAGCUGGUGGUGGGCAGAAGCCGCGUGCCAAAGGAUGAGUGCUUUGCGGAGUUCUAUUACUCUUGGUACUUCCUGCUGAGUGCCUCCAUGCUGGAGUUUUUCUCUCCUUUCAUCUCGGUGGCUUUCUUCAACCUCAGCAUUUACCUCAGCAUUCGCAGGAGGAGGCGCCACAGCAGGGAGGUCCAGCUCCACCCUCAACUGAACGAACCUACCUCUGCCCAGGGGGAAGGUAUCCCACUGUCCCACAACUGGGGGUUUGGGAUGAAACUGGCUGUAAGAGGCUCUAUCCACUCCCAGACCUCCUCUCCCAGUUUGGGCAAACUCGAUCCCUCAACCAGCAGGGCUGCCCAGCCUAGCCGCCUGUCCAGGGAUAAGAAAAUUGCUAAGUCCCUGGCUAUCAUAGUGUGUGUGUUUGCCAUCUGCUGGGCUCCAUAUACCCUACUGAUGAUCAUCCGUGCUGCCUGCAGAGGGCGGUGCAUCCAGCAUCACUGGUACGAGGUCACCUUCUGGCUCCUGUGGCUCAACUCUGCUAUUAAUCCAUUCCUGUACCCACUUUGCCACAGUAGCUUUCGUAGGGCCUUUAGCAAGAUUCUCUGUCCAAGGCGGCAUACUACUCCCCCAUCAUCUGUCCUUCGUGCUGGCCAGUGA